AUGGCAAAUUCAUCUGGGUUCUUUAGUCCUUCAGUUCCAAGCCUCAGAGGGAAGAUUAAACCUUCAAUAGGGGUUAUUGGAUCCGGGAUUUGGUCCACUGAAGGAAUCUCAAAGAGAGUGGUGUGUUCCAGCAAAGUUGAAGGUUCAGAGAAGAUUUCUCCUCCUCAAUCUCGACUGCCCAGCACUUCAAUAAGUGAAAAUGAACUCUUGGCUGUUAGAGCUGCCAAGGUUGUAUGCCAGAGUAAUACGGAUAACAAAUUAGAGUUUCCGUUAACAAAACAGGUCGCAUUCAUCAGGCUCGUCAGUCAAGGCUGCAAAUUAGUUGGUUGUGGCUCAGCAGUUCCAAGUCUUAAGAUUUCAAAUGAUGACCUUGCAAAAAUAGUUGAUACUUCCGAUGAAUGGAUAUCUGUUCGCACUGGCAUUCGCAAUAGACGAGUUAUUACAGGAAAAGAGAGCUUGAUAUCUCUAUCAGCAGAGGCAGCAAGUAAAGCUCUUCAGAUGGCAGGGUUGGACCCUGAUGAUUUGGACCUAGUCUUGAUGUGCACUUCUACUCCAGAAGAUCUUUUUGGUAGUGCUCCUCAGGUCCAAAAAGCUCUGGGCUGCAAAAGAAAUCCCUUGGCAUAUGAUAUUACAGCUGCAUGCAGUGGAUUUGUGCUUGGUCUAGUCUCAGCUGCUUGUCACAUUAGGGGAGGUGGGUUUAAAAAUGUAUUGGUUAUUGGUGCUGAUACUCUUUCUCGAUAUGUUGACUGGACGGAUAGAGGGACUUGUAUUCUCUUUGGGGAUGCUGCUGGUGCUGUAGUCGUACAGGCCUGUGACAGUGAGGAUGAUGGUCUUUUUAGUUUUGAUGUGAACAGCGAUGGCGAAGGUCGAAGACAUUUAAACGCUUCCAUCAAAGAUAAUGAAGUUGAUCAUGCAUUGGGUUCCAACGGCUCAGUUUUAGACUUUCCUCCUAAACGUCUUGCCAACUUUUCCUGCGUCCAGAUGAACGGAAAAGAGGUUUUCCGCUUUGCUGUUAAAUGUGUGCCCCAGUCUAUAGAGUCUGCUCUUGAAAAGGCUGGUCUCACUGGGUCGAGCAUUGAUUGGUUACUGCUCCACCAGGCCAAUCAAAGGAUCAUUGAUGGAGUUGCAACACGCUUAGAAGUCCCGCCAGAAAGAAUCAUAUCCAAUGUGGCAACUUAUGGUAACACAAGUGCUGCGUCCAUUCCAUUGGCAUUGGAUGAAGCAGUCAGAAGUGGGAAGGUGAAAGCAGGCCAUACCAUUGCAACUGCAGGUUUUGGAGCCGGUUUAACUUGGGGUUCUGCAAUCAUCAGAUGGGGGUGA